AUGGCUCAUUCUAAGCUUAUAGCAGCUGCAUUGUUGAUUUCACUCUUUGUUGAUCUUGCCUUUUGUGCAAGAUUAGGAAAGACGGUAAACGGUGGUGGUGGUGGAGGUGGAGGAAGAGGUGGUGGUGGCGGCGGUGGUGGAGGGUUAGGUGGGUCAGGUUCGGGAUAUGGUACAGCGGAAGGCUUGGGAUAUGGUGAGGGUGAUGGAGUGCUUGGACGUGGCGGAGGAGGUGGUGGGGGAGGUGGUAGUGGAGGUGGUGGUGGAGGAGGAAAUUCGGGGAGGGGUAGUGGUUCUGGAUAUGGGUCAGGAUAUGGAUCAGGGUAUGGGUCAGGUGAAGUAGUAGGUAAGGGUGGAGGUGGCGGAGGGGGUGGUGGUCGUGGUGAAGGAGGAGGUGGUGGUGGUGGCAAUGGAAAUAAUGGUUCAGGAUAUGGUUCGGGUUAUGGAAGUGGAAGUGGCUCCGGGUAUGGAAGUGGUGGUGGAAGAUCAGGAGGAGGUGGCGGAGGCGGUGGUGGUGGUGGAGGCGGUGGUGGAGGAAAUGGCAAUGGUUCAGGGUAUGGUAGUGGCUCAGGUUAUGGAUCAGGAUAUGGUGGAGGAAAUGGAGGUGAUGAACCUUAA